AUGCAUCACGCCUUGUCAAUCACCGAACUCGUCAGGCUGAUCGUGGAACAAAUUCAAAUAGGCGACCCACCUCGGUUGGACUCUGAUGAUGCGAUAGAUCCUCAGACUCUCGCCAAGCUCGCUAGGACUGCUCGCGUUUUUCGUGAACCUGCUCUAGAUCGGUUGUGGUAUCGCCAGCAAGGUAUUGGCAACCUUGUCAAAUGCAUGUCCAUAAGCUUGUGGGAGGAGCGGCCUACACGUGAGGAUCGCAUCGUCACAGAAUGGUGCGAUUGCAGCUCGUACCUUACAUUCAAGCGACCCGUGGUUCCUGAGGACUGGGAGCGUUUUCACUACUAUGCCUCUCGUAUCCGCGCGUUAGAUCCUCCUGACGGUCGCGUAUCUUGUGUCGGGCUGGCUCAUGGGGUUUUUGAAGCCCUGUACAACGCUAGACUGUCAUCACAUCUCCUCCCUAACUUGUCCACACUCUAUUGGGACGAAGGAUAUCAUUCCACAGCCUUCAAAUUCGGAACCAUGUUUCUCGGGCCCAGUCUAACAAGGCUUGCAAUUGGUGUCCAUACCAUCGAAUCAGUCCCUAUUGCGGCCCUACUACUGGCGCAUCUUCCUUCAUUGGCGCAUCGAGUGCGCAAGAUUGACAUCGUAAUGCACUCGGAAGGGCUGAUCCACGAUUUCUUCAUCCCACCCACAACGUUGGCAGCUCUCGAACGUCUGGAGAGUUUUAUUUACCUGUCCGAUACCCCUUUGUCAAUGACAGCUUUCACUGAGCUUUCAUCACUUCCGGCCCUUACAACACUGCGCCUUGAAGCCAGUUCUUCAUGGUCAGGGUCUAUGCUGGUCGGACCACCGGUAAAUAUGAGCCAUCCAUAUUCCUUUGAUGCAUUGAGGAAUCUGGAAGUCGAGGGGAGAUCCAUUGGGUCAUGCAUCUCGGCACUCAAUAUAUCGCGAUAUCCCAAACUCCGUGCUGUCAUGUUCGAUGUAGAUUUGGGCACUAGCGAUACCAUACAAGGCCUCUUUGAAGCACUCAGUGCCUCCUCCUCGUGCACAGAACUGCAGAGGAUUACAUUUGGUGUUAGAUGCGCUUAUGGCGGAACCCGACUGGACAUCUCAUUGCUUCGGCCGGUAUACGACUUCCACAACCUGCGUUCCUUGAUCCUUACCCCGCUUUUCGGUGUUAAGUUAAACAUAAAUGACCGAGAUCUGGAGAAUAUGGGGAUCGCAUGGCCUUAUCUCGACACCAUGGUAUUCGAUUACUUCCCUCGGUCUCCGUCCGAAGUAGAGCCAAGCGCGACUCUCAAGGGAUUACUGCUGGUAGCCCGGUCUUGGCCAGCGUUAAGGCGGCUGCAGAUUGAGAUUGAUGCCAGGCAGAUAGACCUGGACAAAACACAGCAAUGUCAUGGCCAAGUGGUCAAUGAAUGCUUACGAGAAAUUCAUUUGUGCGACUCUCCUGUGGACGGGAUCGAGCCAACCGUAGUGGCCAAUUUCCUCUCGAGUAUUUUCCCGAGCGUGCGCAGGAUCGAAACGUACGCCAAGCAAGGUGAAUCGCGCUGGAAGAUGGUAGAGGAGAUAUUGUGUAGCCCAUGUGGCCAUCCUGUCACCUAG